AUGUCACCUGGGCCAGCCACGCCAAUAUCGACCCAUCGAAAGACGCUCAAGACACCAGUACAUCCACCGCAGCUUGUCGGCUUACGGCGGCCCGUGCCUACGCCGCGGCCCGCAAAGGCGUUCAUGUUGCUCGUAGUAACACUUAAGAGUUCAUGUCACCAUAUCGACAUGCCCCCUCACCGGCAUGCCCAACCGGCCAACCCAGAGCCAUGGCGCCAAGGCCGUGCCGAAAGCCAGGUUCCCCCGACUGCCAAGGUUGCCGGUAGAGGGAUCGGGCGUCGGCACCGACUCACCGCGCUUGGAUCGCCACCGGGGUACGUGAGUCAACGACAGGCCAAGCUCGCCGAGGACUCGUCAGGUCUACUGGCGUCUUGA